AUGAGGUUAAAUUUCAGCGAGCCACCCACUCCGACCCUGAGUCGCCAAAACACUACAAUACAUCAUCAUCAGCGACGCGGUACCCAUCCUCACCAGCUGACGUCACGCAUCAAGCCAAGAAGGUGGGCCAAGUCAGUCUUACAAUUUAGAAGAUGGCCACUCGUCUUUCGCUUUAUCAAAGGCGCCAUCCAUGGCGCUAUCUUAUUACCGGUCUUUCUACACGCAGUCUUCACUGCGUUGAUCGUUUACUUGGAUACUUUCGUAUUCGAAACCGUCGGUCUUCCUAGCACUAUCAUCCCCUCGCUAUCCAUAGUCGUAGGUUUGAUGCUUGUCUUCCGCAACCAAACAUCCUACAAUCGAUUCUGGGACGGUCUUACAAUUCUAAGCGAGGCCCCCCCCACCGCCGCAGAGCGCGAGGAUAUCGAACGCACUAUUCGCAUUCUCAUGGCUAUUCCGUAUGCCGUGAAGAACCAUUUACGAGCUGAAUGGGGCGCUGCUUGGGUUUUUGGCAACUCCAUCGAGGAGGAUUUGAACCUCCACGGUACUACGCUGUAUAACCCGGAAUAUGCAAACCUACUACCAGCAGGACUGGAAGGUCAUGAAGACGAGGGAUUGGGGCUUCCAUUCCAAUUGACAUUUUUCAUUGAUGGGUUUAUCAAGCGUGGCGAACAGCGUGGAUGGUAUCCCGCUCCUGGUGCUAGUCAGAUGCAAGCCCAGUUGAACACCUUGACUGAUGCAUAUGGGAAAAUGGAAACGAUCAAGUUGACUCCAAUUCCAGUGGCUCAUCUGAUCCAUCAAAAGCAAGUCCUCGCUCUCUUUGGUUGUGUCCUACCGUUUGCAAUGGUUGAUGAGAUGGGUUGGUGGGCCAUUCCAAUUGUCAGCCUCGUUAUCUUCACGCUUUAUGGCAUUGAUGGUAUAGGCUCUCAGCUGGAAGACCCCUUUGGCUACGAUAGGAAUGACAUCAAGAUGGACGCUAUUGUUGGGGACGCCAAGACUGAAAUUGACGUUGUUCUGUCUGAGUGGCGCACGCACUCGAAAGCCAUGGAAACCUUGAGACAACAGCCUGCCGGUGCAGUCCAUGGUGACCUUUGUUUGACACCCGAUCGCAAAGAAGCUGGGAAUGCAAGUGCGGACGAGAAGUAUAUGCCUCCAGACUUGUUCUUGCGAUUGAGGCCGAGCACUGGUAGGCGAGAGUGA